UCCAUGCGUUAAAAGGGCAGAUGGUAACCGCGGGUAACUGAGGAGCAAACCACUCUGCUGGCCACAGAGCAAGAGAUCAGCAGAGAGAGGGAGGUGGAGGGAGGGAGGAGAGCCAACACAUGCAGCGCAGCAGAGGAGAGGAGAGGAGCAUCUGAGAGGAGGCUGCACGCCGGCUCUGACACAGAGGGAGGAGAAGACUGAGUACUUCUUCUUCUUCUGCUUCUUCUUCUUCUGCUUCUUCUUCUACAAGGAGAGCACACAAAGAGAGACAAACAAAAGCCAGGAGACAGAGAGGAGAAAGUGUCCCUCCGCUCUCUACUUAGAGAGACACAGAGACAAAAGAGGGAGGCAGGAACAAGAGCGAGGCUGGAGAGAUUGUGAAGUGGAGGCAGCGGACGGGAGAUAGUUAGAGGAGCUGCGAGGCUGAUCAAUGAGAGGCUGAGAGAUUUUUGGGGAAGGGGGGGAAGAAAAUUUCGACUCAGCAAGAAAGCGAAUAGAGAGAGGGAGGAGGAGGAGAAGGAGGAGGAGGAGGAGGAGAGGGAGCAAAUGACAAGGAAAGAUUGAUGAAUGAAAGAUGGGAGCAAAAACAUCUGGAGAGGAUAAAGACUUAGAAAUAUUUAAAGAGGGACAGAGGCAUCCGGAGGGAGUUUAGGAAUAUAAAACGGGAGAGAGAGAGAGAGAGAGAAAAGACAAGAGUGGGAGGAGAGGAGGAGCAGAGGGUGAAAUAUUUAGAAAGAAGAGCGAGAGAGAAGAUGAGCAGAGACGAGUCAAAGAGUCACCGGCAGAAACUUAGAGAAGAGAGGGAAUAAAUCAGAGCUGUGGGGGGAACUGAGCUCCUCCUUUUACUUCCUCAUUUUAUUCUUCAUUUUUUAUUUUUAUCUUAACUCGACUUUAUAAAAAAAAAAAAAAAAAAACAAAACAGAGGAGGAGAGGAAGAGAUGAGCAGCUGAAGGAAGGAGCGGUUUCAAGACUUCAAGAACUUGGAAGAAGUACAAGUCGAACCCGAUGGCGUGCUACUACAUCGUGAUCAGUUCCACCCACCUGCGUGACGGACAGCUGAGGAGCAUCAAAGGUGUGUUCAGGGGACCAAUAGGAGCCAACGGACAAAGAAACGCGGAGGACGGAGACUCCAGUUUCUACUGCGAGCUGUGUGAUAAGCAGUACGUGAGACACCAGCAGUACGACAACCACAUCAACUCCUACGACCACCACCACAAGCAGCGUCUGAAGGAGCUGAAACAGAGGGAGUUUUACAGAGCGCUGGCCUGCAGGAGGCAGAGGAGACGCCGGGAGGAGAAGAGGGAGGAGAGAGCGCUGAGGAGGCUCCACCAGCAUGAAGAGGGGAGGACGGGAGAGUGUGCUCCAGGUUCUGGUCCCAUGUUCCGGUCCACCACGGUCGCCGUCGAACCAGCGAACCAGACUCGACCCGACUUGGUGCAGAACUGGGCCGACAUCCACACGAGCAGCACAACGCUGGGAACAAAGCCUCAAACCCCGCUGAUCCAGCCCUUCCUUCCCCUGGACCCGGCGCUGGAAACCAGACUCCUGAGCGACACGCAGUGGGCAUACGGCCAGAUGGACCCCGACAAGCCCACGACUGAAUCCUGCAUCAUCAACAAGAACCAAAUGGACUACAACGACCUGACAGCCGCCGCCGCCGCCGCCACCUCCUCACCCUGCACCAACAACAACAACAGCAUCAUCGACAAAACCGAUAAGAACUCCUCCACUGAAACCAGCCACUUUAACAAGAUCCCAUGGGCUCGUCAUUAUUUAAGCAACCCAGUUACUCCCAAUAACAUCCCAGCAACUGCCACUAACACCAACACUAAUGGCUCCACUUUCACCAGAACCACAGCGGCCAGCGGGAGCAACAAAACCACCUCCGCCACCGCAACUUCCAGUGCCAUUUCUAAAACGACCGACAUCAGCAUCAGCGGUAGCGGAGCAGACGUCCAGUCGGCUCCUGGCAGAGUCCGUCCUGUCUCCUUCUCGCUGCCCAAACGGAGCUGCCUGCUCCUGCACCAAUCAGCCGCCGUCUUCAUCCAAGCCGGGCGGAGCUCUGGCUUGUCCGGGAAGCAGGACGUUGUGGUGACGGCGCAAGAAAGGGCCAGAUAUCUGGCGGAGAAAGUCGCAGAUCAGCGGCUCAAAUCUCCAGUAUUUGCAAACGCGGACAGUGCAGGUGUUGAUCACUGGGACACUGGAAACCAGUGCAGUGUGGACAGGAAACCUGCAAUCCAGCACUCGGAGGCCGGAGCCAGUAUCUCUGCUGAGAGGGGAGCUGGAGGCCUCUCUGGGACUGGAGCCCAGGUUGCUUUAUGUAAUCGCAAUGUGAUCGGAGUUGAGGAUGUCAGUGGGAAUGGAGCCCAGCUCUCUUUAUGUAAUGACAAUGGGACUGGAGCCCAAACUGGCUGCGAAAGUGGGACUGGAGCUCAUCUUUAUUUGAAAUGUGGGAUUCCAGAGCAGAUUUCUGACAACGGGAGCACAGUUGUGACGAAAGCCUCAGUGUGCGAGGCUGAACCCCGUGACGAUGUGGACAAUCAGCCUCAGAAAUCCAUUUCUGGCGAGACUUCAAUCCGAACACAGCCUAAAGAAUCAAACCCGUCUCCAUCACGCUGCGCCAAAGAACCGACUUCUUCACUUCCGAGUCGUCCCAAAGAGCCGUUCUGUCGCGUCCUGAGCCGAGAUGGUACCCGGGUUCUUCUCUGGCCGUCGGAGAUGGUCAGCUACACCAAGACGUCGCCCUCCAUCUCCUUCAGCAUCAACCCGCUACUGUACGACUUCAGAGCACAUAACAGGGCCAGGGAAGGGGGCGAGGAAAAGAAAGGAGGGCUGGAGGAAGCAAGGGAGAGAAUAAAGCCGCCUGUGAUCAAACAACCCGACUGCCAACAGAGGCAGGAAGUUACGGAGGGAGGAAGGGAAGGGAAGAUAGAUGAAAGGCGAGAAGACGAUGAAGGAGGACAGGCAGGAAAUCCUAUGGAACUUGUAGGUCAGGGAAGCGACUGCAACGCAGUUCCGGGCGACUGCGGUUGGCGUGAUGAAAGUGCUUUAAAAUUUGUUCCCGUUUCCACCGAGUGCCACCUUGCGCCGACACAGGGCCUUCAAAAGAAAGUGAGGAGGAGAGGAAAGAGGGGAGGGAGGUGGAGGGGAAUGAGGAAGAGGGGGAGGAGGAAAAGAGGAAGAGAGAAAGACUUGGAGAGGGGAAGAAGGAUAAUGAGUAGUCUUUCUGAGAAUCAAGUGUUCGAAGGGAGAGGAGAAGAGAGGUUGAAAAGGGAGGUCACAGAGAAAGAGGAGGAGAGAAAAAAAGGGCUAUUAAGUAAUCUUGUAGCGCAUCGGCUGGUCGGCGACAGAGAAAAGAUGAGGAUGAGGGCAGAAGAGAGGAGGAUAAGAGGAGAUCAGACCGAGCGAGAGAGGGCAGGUAGAAAUGACAAGAAGAGAGGAGAGCUAUUAAGUAAUCUUCCCAUGAAUCGGUGUAAUCGGUGUAACCAGCUGUGUCUGCAGGUGAAAAGAGAGGCCAGCCAGCAUCAAUCCCAGCAAUCAGCCUCCGGGUGGGGCCAGGGGCUCAGAAAGCUCCUCUGCAGGGGUGCAGCAUGUAACUCAGUGAUUAGCCCCGUCCCCGGGUCUGUUAUACAGAUGCCAUGCUGUCCUGCAAUUACGCCCGACCCGGCUCAGAAUGACAGAGAGACGCCGGAGAUCCAGAAAAACACACAAGCAGGGAAGGACGACGGGCGGAGAGACGAGGAGCGAGGCAAUCUGAGGAAGACUGAGAUAAGAGCUGUUCGGCAUGCUAAAGAAAACGUGUGUAACCUAGUGAUUAGCCGUGUUGCUUUCCCCUGUCGAGAGACGGCACACGAGCCAGAAAUGUGUCUUUUUACUGCACCUCAGAGGGAAACAGCAUGUGAUCCAGCGAUUAGCCUGGUCCCCGCUCCCUUUAGAGAAACAGCGUGUAGUCAAAGACAAACAAUACCUGCAGGACACAGCAAUCCGGCGAUAGGCCCGGCGUCACGCUGCUCCGCACAACAGACGGAAACACAACCGAGAAUUAGAUCGGCCUGCGCCGACAUGACCCUCCCUUGUGAUGCGAUUUCAAAGGAAGUGAUGUCGAAGAGAGCAGCAACAGCUGAGAAGAGGAAGAUGGAAUCGCAGGGAGCUGACGAAAUGCCGAGGAAGAGACGGAGACGGGGAAGGAGACAUGCGAGGAGGGCUUUUGCGCAGAGACAGAAAUGUGUUGGCCUCGGCGUCGAUGAGGCCUCUUGUAUGCAGGACUCCAGCAGAGAGACUGGGACACUUUUGGACAACUGCCUGAGUUGCAACACGACUGAGAAAAACAGUGACUGCCACUUCCUCUGCAGGACAAAACACAGCGAGGGAACAUUUGGUUGUAGCACGACAGACGGACUGAAUAACUACUGUCGCUGUGAUGACAGGGAAGGCGUCAACGGCGAUGUUGUCGACUGCAGUCAACUUAGCUCUGAUCCCUCCGGAGGCGAGGAAAAGACUUGUGACACCGGUGACACACCAAGCGACCACAGCCGGUGUGAGAAAACACAUGACGGGGAUGAAAAUCGUGGCGAUUCUGGCAUCUGUGGAGCCACGAAUGACAAUCAGAGCUUUGACAAAGACAUGGAUCUCUCCCCUGAUCCUCCCUGCAACACCGCGGACAAACCUGUGAAUGUACAAUCGAAAGACUUCUUUACCUGUAGCACCGACGACACACCUGCCGACCACUGUCAAUAUGAGAACAAGCAAACAGAGAAAGACAAGAUGUCCGCUGACUCUGACAACACAACAGGUUUUGGUGGAGACACGGUAGCUCAGAGCUUCGCCUCUAACGCUACACAGAAGUGUAACGACUUCUGCAAGCCCUCUGAUUCUGCGAUUGAUUGCAAAACUUCCAGGGGUAUUGAUCAAAGCAUCGGACUCACCUGUGAUGAUAUUGACGGUGGUCGCGGUGAUUAUUUAAACGGUAAUUGUGCCGCUGAUUGUAAUCACUGCGCUGAUGUCGAUAAGAGUCGCGCCACGAGCGCAGCGGAAAUUGUUGCACUCGUGGGCACAAAGGGGGAAGAGGAAGGAGACGUUAAGAGGCAGAGGCAGAAGAGGAAGGAGGAGGAGGAGGAGGAGGAGCAGAUUGAGAGGAGGAAGGUGAAGGAGAAGCAGGAGGAGUGGGGGAAGGAGUGGCUGAGGAGAAAGGAGAGAGAGAGGGAGGACAGGGAGAGAAGGAAGGAGAUCGACUUUGAACAUGUCUACCCAGAGAAGAGGCCUUGCUUUCCUCGCGCCCUCCCUCCGCAUUGCAUCCCCCUCCACGCUCCUCUCCUCCUCCCGCCCUCCCUCUCCACCUCCUCCUCGUCCUCCUCCUUCUCCUUCCACCACACCUUCAUCCAGCAUCACCUCUCCCUCCUCCCGCCUCCGUCGCACCUCCCCGUCCACCCGUACCCUCAUCUUCUCCCCUCGUUCUCCACACAUCUCUCGCCUCUCGCUCUCAACCCGCCUCCUGCUCCUCCACCUCCUCCUCCUCCUCCUCCUCCCCCUCUUCCUCCCUCUUUCUACGCCUCGUCCCACAUCCCUCUCCUGGAUGCCGCCGGUCCGUAUCCCUUAGCAGCCGCGUUUCACCCCUUGCAGAGUCACCACCCGCCCCUGUAUCCUCCGCACCACCCUGCAGUCGUGCCCUUACAGAUGUUGUUCUAGGAGAAGCAGCAGAAUCAAACACACGAAGGGAACAUUUUUCUAUUUUCCGAGGUAAAAAAAAAAAAAAAGGUCAAACGGUGAAAGCAGCUUUUAUGUGUCAUUACCUGCACAGAGGCGAGGGACGACAAUUUCAGGAAGACUCGAGUAGAAAAACCAAAACCUAAUCUUAUUUAAAGCCAAAACCUGCGGCAGCCCUCAUCCCCCCCUUGGUUCGAACACUCAAAGUACUGAUUCACACAUCUUGAAAAAAAAAAGAAAGAAAGAAAAAAAAAAAAAGAUGGCUAAUUAUCUUCAUCAGUCGCAAUCCUGCUCAAAAUGAGCCUCAGGUGUGCAGCCAGCAGAGUCGUGGUGGGGGAUCCACAGCUGGGCUCGUUUUUCCCUUGACAGAAAUCAGUCGAUGCUCCUGUUUUGCAUUUUAAACCAAUGAUUUGCUUCGUUUUAAAGCAUGUUAGAGAUUUGAAACUACUUUUUUUUUGGUGACUUCAGAGGACAAAUCCAUCAGCGUACGUCCGCAGAUAUUUUCAGUCUCUGUUAAUACAUUUACAUAUUUUCACCCUGAGAGCUUCUACUUCAGUCGGUGAUUUCCUACUUUUCUCCUGAAUGACUUUCAAGACUCUCAGCUCAAGGUCAUUAAAGGGGCAGUUCACCCCAAAAUCCAGGAUACAUUGUCCUGUUCUUGCAGAGCUUUUUAUCCGUGUAGAUCUUCUUUUGUGUUGGUUCUGUUUUCUCUGUAAUAACUCUCAAACUCGACAGCAAUGUCUCUUUCCAGAAGUAAAGACCCAGUUGCUCACGUCGUUAUUUGUUUCAGUUUUUGUUCUGCGUCACCGUCCAGGAGGAAGUUUGCGUCUUCUCGUGGAUUAGAGGCGAGCAAACUAAGCUCAUUGCGGCGCUGUGACGCGGUUGUCAGGAUUUCAGAUUUAGACUCACGUGUUUGUGUAUUGCCUCAGAAAGUACAGAAAUAAAACAUAUCUAUGAUGUUUAUUUUUGCUGCGGUUUGUCUCGACUAAUAUAUGUUUUCAUUUAGAUCACGUAGAUCUAAAUGUAGAAUUUAAUUAUAAAGAAGAAAAUACCAGACUGCUUGAAUGACUUGCCUGGAUUGUUAGUUGUUUAGUUGCGAGGAGAGAGAAAGAGAGCAAUUGACUGACUUUAUAACAAUUCAUCAGCUUGUCUCAACAGAAACGGUCUAAAGAUGCUUUCAGGGCAAUAAUGAGACAAUUAAGCGGAGCAGGAAUCUCAGCUCUGCCUCCUACCUGCUGCUUUGUUUACGUUUUUUUCACGGUUUCUUCUCGUCUCUGUGGAAAAUGCAUCUGCAGCUUUGACAUUAGACGGUGACAACCUCCAUUCAGUGACGUACAUGUGUGGGCUUCAGGGCUGGAGGUGUAUUUAACUGUUGAUUAUAUCAAUGGAGAAUUAAAAAUGAGGAAAAGCACUGGUUCUCCUGGUGAAGCGUGCCUGGUUCCUGCAUCAAACUGCUGACAACACAUUCUGUGGAUUAUCUUUAUGAGUCAUAAUCUCUAGAAACAGACGUCGUGUUUGAGUUUGUCUAGUUCAGAGAAUACAGACAUCUCAACAGCUGACACCUCCAACCACAACAGAACAAGUCAGAUUGAUAAAAAGAGCUCCAGGUACGAUGAAAAACGUGUAUUUUUUUGUGGUGAACUGUGCCUUUAGGAGCUGAAGACUUGCACACAUUUUUAAAGGUGGCAUCUGUUUUACUCUAACCGUCUCAGAGUAAAGCCUGAGUGCUACCCAGUUGAAGCAACAGAAGGUUUUUUCUGUUCUUCCGCCUCCAGCUGACGUGAUGUGAAUGCAGCGUUGGUAUCAGGAGCUGCAGUUAGCUGAAUGCUAACGAGGUGAUUUUUUUUUCUUCAGGAAGUUUCACCGUGAAGCUUUUUCAAGAGAACGCAGAGAAGAAAAUAAAAAAAAAGUCCUCUGCAGCUCACAAAGAAAUCUAAUGGAGCAGAAAUCAUAGUUUUUCAGACACAUGUUAACUCUUGAGAGGGGGGUUGUGGGUAACUGGCUGAAAACAUUCACGUCUGGAAAAAUACAUUCAGAAACAACAAACUCCUGAGAAUUAUCAGAAAACACUGUGAGAAAAGUGUGAAAUCUCCAGAAAAACAUUUUCAGUUUUCUCUUUGUGAGGUUCCGGUGUCGCUGGCAUUUUAAAAAGGCAGUAUAAUUGACUUCUAAAAGCAAAAUUUUCUGUUAGAAAAAAAACGUCAGUUUGUUGGAUACCGACUGCAAAAAAACUAAACUAAAUACGAGCGUUACUGCAGAGCGUACAGGUCUGUCGGCGCUGUCAUCAGUGUGUAGAUUGAAUCUCGGCCUCUUCUGCGGAGCAUUUCACCCGCUGACAGCUGAACGUCAGAGCAAAAUGUUAAGUUUAGAAAUAAGCCUUUGCUCUUUGAUUUUGAGGGACUGACUCCAGUGUCUGACCUUUAAUCUCGACUGUUGAUUUUUCUACCAACUGACUCUAUUGCAGCUGCACUAAAAAUACCUCCAGCCUGGUGGGAAAAAAAAAAAACUUUAAAUUAAGUGACUCAUCCAAAGAAACAAAAGGCCAAAAAAUGCACAGAGAGCCAGAGAGUGUGAUUCAGCCCGACUUUAAUAGACCCUUCUCACGGCCGACAUUUUGACUGGGCUGCAAAAUACAAUACAAGUGAUGAAUGAAAAUAAAGGGCAGGUUUAUUUGUGUAAAGCACCAUCACACAUGCACUUUAUAGUUUUAUGGGUUAGGGUUAACAAUGUAUAAAACUAUUACCACCACAAUGUCCUGGUCACUUCUCUUGGCAGCUCAAAGUCUGUGUGGUUCCAUAUUUAGUACUCGUCAUACGAAACAUUAAAUGUGUUGAACUCACGUCUUUAAGUAGAGGAAUCAGUAUCGUCUGUCAACAAGGUUGUGACACAUUUAUGUUGAUCUGAAUCUAAUCCAAUCCAAUCGCUGUUAUCAUGUUUGUUUUUCUGCAGGUUUUAUUAUUAGAAAAUAAAACCGGUGUCGAUCUUCAACCGAGCAAAACAAACACAACAGUUGCAGAAUUUCAAACAAUCCAAGAAGUGAAUCAGUCAGAUUUGACAAAUAAAAAACAGUAACAACGUCUCACAUCCUUUGAAAAUAUCACUUCCUUUAGUUUGUUUUGCGUUCGUCCUCACCGGUUGGCUCGCCUCGAUUCAAAUUUACUGUCUCUCAUUUGAAACAAUCCCUGGACACAGCGAGGCAGCGUGAGCGUUAUGUAACGCCUCUCCUGCUCUGACAAGUGAACAUGUCGGCCGUGAAAAGGGUCUAUCGGGCCGCGGAGAUGCACCGAUGAGCCGCGACGGAACGGAUGCGAGGGUUUGAUUGUCAGGUAAUCACAGAACAACCAUUUUUUGAUUAAAGCUGCCUCCACCUGUUGUCAUUCAGCGGCUGCUUGUCGCAGCUGGACGCGCCGCUUCAGACACCAGAAGCAUCUCGACACUUAACAGAAUCAUCCGUUUUAUAUGCGGGAAGUCUGAAGUGUUCCCUUCCUUGAGCGUCGCUUCAGGGUGGGUUCAUCCUGUAAAGCUGAAGGUUAUCAGGUGAAGAUCUGAUACUUCUUUAUUGUUUAAACGUUCGGCCUCUGUUCCCGUACCUUCAUUAACCGCAGCAGAAAAUACCUCACAAUUAAGAAAAUGACAUCUUUUUUUUUCACGUGUCGAGCGCCGCCGCUCCUCCAGAGGUGUGAUCUGCAGGAGUAACGAUGGCGGGAGCGCUGGUGUAAAACUCCCACACGUUUAGCAACACGUCGUUUCUCUCUCGAACAUCUGGCUGCGACGGCCUCGGGGCACGACUGGCGACGCCCAUCCGUCUCAGCGACUGCGACUUGUUCUGAUGCGGGCGGCGAAGACAAACACAAACACAAAAAAUAUGCAUGAAAAAUUGGACCGCACGAAGCAGAAAUCUGUGGGCGGAUCAUCAUCGUCCUGAUUCUAGUUAAGUUUCAUCAGGCUGUAAAAAUGUUUAUUUCCAGACGCCUGGACACGAAAAACUCUCCGCACCAGUUGAUCUCUAGAGUGUUCGGCGUGUCGCCAUGGUGACAUUAUAGAUCCCAGAGUGACAUCCUUGAAGCUUUUUUUUUUUUAUUUUGCUCCUUUAAGUGUUUAUGAACAGAGGCAGCGACAUGAAACUUCCUCAAACGACUUAGUGCAGGAAAGCGCCGGAAUCAUAUUUAGCCGGUGUGACCGCACAUAUAUUUAACUACACGCCGUCUGUCUCUCUCCCCCUGUAGCUCUGUACGCGAGGGGCUGCAACCAUAUGUUCUCUGUGAACGCAGGUUUUUAUUUAUAAUUGUUAUAAAAACUGUGUAAAUUAGAGAAGACGAGAAGCUGUUAUUAGAUGUAUUUUUGUAGAGACACCUCAGUUGAAUGAGGCACAGUUUUUUGUAUCAUGUACUCCGAUGCUAUUUUAGCUAGUAAACGACCUCCACACAUACUGAACUCGUCCUCUCGUUAAACUGUUGUACAUAUGUUCUCCACAGUCUCUAGGCCAUGUUUAAAUAUCUACGCAAACAGUUUUUGUUUUUUUUUUUCACCCCCAGUUUUGUCACAGAAAUGUCUUGAGAUCCUGGUAAAAAAAACAAAAAAACAAAAACAACAACUAAUAUUUGGCCAUUUUUUAAUUUCUUUUGGUGUAAUCUAAUUUCAGCAGAUACAUACCCGCAGAUAUUAUCCCCGCUAAUAUAAUAGAUCUAGCAAAUCCAUGGAGAAAAACAAAUUACUCUGCAAUGGAAAUAAAUCAGUAGACCUGAUAUCAAUGUGUGUUGUCGUCAUUGUUUCUUUUCUGAUACUUUAACUGUUCAGUUUCUGUUCCAGACUGUCAAUAAGUGAAGCAGAACAACGUCUCAUUUAAGAGAAAGUGACGACGCUGCAGCUUUUAAUGUCACAGAAAUGUCUUGAUGUCCUGAUAAAACUAAUAUUUGGCCUUUUUUGUGUCAUGUGAUCUAAUUUCAGCAGAUCUAUCUAUAAAUCCACAGAGAAAAACUAAUUUCUCUGAAAUUGAAAUAAAUCUGUGGACCUAAAGUCGCUGUGUCUUGUCGUCAUGGACACCAGAAAGUACGGGGUGCUGUACGUCUGUGUCAGAUGUUUCUUUUUACAAAAGGAAAGAACUAACUUCAUGUAUAACAUAUGCCGAAUUUACAAGAAGACCUAAAUAAGUAAGAAUAUGUCAUAUAAAGUGUUACACAAAGUUUAUAAAGUGUCUCCUGAAUCAACAACUCGUUAAAUUGACAGAUUUUCUAAGGGAGUCUGGGGGAUUUCUCUCCCUCUUCAUCUCCUUGCUGCUGUAGGUUUGUUAUUGAACAUUUUUCUAAAUUACCAAUAAAUGAAAGUUUCCUGGCCAUAUUUUUUAUCACAUAAAACAUGAAUGUCACCAUGACACAACAGUUUAUGACAUCAUCAUA